AGAGAAUCGCCGUUGGCGAUAAGAAAGCGCCUUCCAAUCACCGGGGAUUGAAGUAGACUAGGACUCUUGAAAUAUGGCUACCCCCGAGAUGUUGCCCACCCUCCAGUCCCCUCCCAGACCUUUCUCUUACAAGGAAGCGUUCAUUCCCGCCCUGACAACGCAAUGUCACGCCUCGAAUUUGCUGCUGCUUCCCAACGGGGACCUGCUGUGCGCCUGGUUCGGAGGCAGUAUGGAAGGCCGGCCAGAUAUCUGCAUCUACCUAUCGCGACUGCCCGCGGAGCAAUCGAGCUGGAUGCCGGCACAGAAGAUCACGCACGAUCACACGCGUAGCGAGCAAAAUCCCAUACUCUUCCUCAAUCCGUCCGACAACCAGCUUUGGCUGCUGUACACCUCGCAGGAUGCAGGCAACCAAGACUCGGCUAUAGUCAAAUAUCACACUUCUACGGAUGCCGGGAAUACCUGGAGCGCAGAAGCGCACGUUCUUUUCCCCGAGCCGGGUACCUUCAUUCGCCAGCCGCUGUGCGUGCUGAGUGACGGCAGCUGGGUGAUCCCCAUUUUCAAAUGUCGGACGGAGCCGGGUGAAAGGUGGCUGGGUAACGAUGAUAUUUCAUGCGUGCAAGUUUCAAGGGACCAGGGCGCAACCUGGUCGGAGAGAGAAGUGCCAAACAGCUACGGGUGCGUACAUAUGGCAAUUAGACAGCUCAAGGAUGGAUCCUUCCUGGGGCUGUACCGCAGUCGAUGGGCAGAUAACAUUUACCUUUCGACCUCGGAUGACGGGUUGCAAUGGAGCGAACCAGUUCCAACAGCCCUGCCAAAUCCCAAUGCGGGUAUCUGCUUCGACGUUCUGUCCUCAGGAAGAGUGGUGUUGGUGUAUAACCAUUCUUCUCGCAAAGACGCACAGAGCCGACGUGACGGACUAUACGACGAUAUCGCCGAUGGAGCGGGUGAUGGUCGAUCAAACCAGAAGAGCAAACAUGCAGGCAAAGAGGCCUUCUGGGGCGCUCCAAGGGCACCGCUGUGCGUGGCCUGGAGCGACGAUGGGGGCAAGACGUGGGAGCACCGUGUUCUGGAGGACGGCGAUGGAUAUUGCAUGACGAAUAACAGCGAGAAGAAGCUCAACCGGGAGCUAUCUUAUCCAAGCAUGGAGAUUGGAACGGAUGGAACGAUCCAUGUGGCCUAUACUUUUUGGAGACAGCGGAUCAAGUAUGUGCAGUUGCAGGAAGACUUUUUUCAGCAAUCGGAUUAGACAACUUGUUACAUUAAGAAAUGUUAGAGUUUCUUCAAAAUUGGAAAUUGG